AUGUCUCUAAUCGAUGCUCAAUUACAAGGCGUGAACAUCUCUGGAACUAUUACUGAUUUCAAUAAGAAGAUUCUCAGUAAGGAUGCCGUUGCAUUCCUCGCUCUCCUUCACAGAUCUUUCGAUGGUACCAGAAAAGAACUUCUUCAACGUCGUGUAAUCAGACAAGCAGAACUUGAUAAGGGUUCUCUACCAGAUUUCCUUCCAGAAACAAAACAUAUCCGUGAAAAUGAUGCUUGGAGGGGAGCACCACCUGCACCAGGAUUGAUCGACCGUAGGGUGGAAAUCACUGGUCCAACUGACAGGAAGAUGAUUGUCAAUGCUUUGAAUUCAGAUGUUUGGACAUAUAUGGCAGAUCUCGAGGAUUCCAGUGCUCCAACAUGGGAUAAUAUGAUCAAUGGACAAGUCAAUCUUUACGAUGCAGUUAGAAAACAAGUCGAUUUCAAAAUAGGAGAGAAAGAAUACAAACUUCGAACCGAUCGUACACUUCCCACACUCAUCGUAAGACCUAGAGGCUGGCAUCUUGAUGAGAAACAUUUCACAGUGGAUGGAGAACCAAUCUCUGGCAGUCUUUUCGAUUUCGGCUUAUACUUUUUCCACAAUGCUAAGGAAUUGAUCAGCAGUGGACUUGGACCGUAUUUCUACCUCCCAAAAUUGGAAUCUCACCUUGAAGCUCGUUUAUGGAAUGAUGUAUUCAAUCUCUCUCAAGAUUUCAUCGCCAUCCCAAGAGGAACUAUUCGAGGAACAGUUUUGAUCGAGACGAUCCUUGCUGCAUUUGAGAUGGAUGAGAUCAUUUAUGAACUUCGUGAUCAUAGCGCUGGUCUCAACUGUGGAAGAUGGGAUUAUAUCUUCAGUGUCAUUAAGAAAUUCCGCAACAACCCAAAUUUCGUUCUUCCUGAUCGAUCGGCUGUCACCAUGACCGUUCCAUUCAUGGAUGCAUAUGUUAAGUUAUUGAUCCAAACAUGUCAUCGAAGACAAGUACAUGCCAUGGGUGGAAUGGCCGCUCAAAUUCCUAUCAAGAAUGAUAAAGCCGCCAAUGACAAGGCAAUGGAAGGUGUAUAUGCGGAUAAAAUCCGUGAGGCCAAAGCUGGUCAUGAUGGUACAUGGGUAGCUCAUCCAGCACUUGCAGGUAUCGCUUCCGAAGUAUUCAACAAACACAUGCCCACACCCAAUCAAAUGUUCGUUCGUCGCUUAGAUGUAAAGAUCGGACAAAACGAUCUUUUAAAUAUGAAUGUCCCUGGCGCUGUCACCGAAGAAGGUAUUCGCAAGAACUUGAACAUAGGAUUAGGAUAUAUGGAAGGAUGGCUCCGAGGUGUAGGAUGUAUACCUAUUAAUUAUUUGAUGGAAGAUGCUGCUACAGCAGAAGUUAGUCGUUCUCAAUUAUGGCAAUGGGUUAAACAUGGUGUUAGUACCGCAGAAGGAAAGAAGGUGGACAAGGCUUAUGCGUUGAGAUUGCUUAAGGAACAAGCAGAUGAGUUGGCGAGUCAAGGGCCUAAAGGAAAUAAGUAUCAAUUGGCGGCACAGUACUUUGCAGGUCAAGUUACUGGAGAGGAUUAUGCGGAUUUCUUGACUACGCUUCUUUAUAAUGAAAUUACGGCGGUUGGACAUUCAUCGCCUGCUUCUAAAUUGUAG